AUUGAAUUGUAACAGUUAAAAAUUAAGUCAAUGAUUAAAGUUUUUAAUAAUGUUUUCAAUGUUUCAAUUAACUAUAUUAAAUUGUUAUUAUUUUUUCUUUAGGAAUUUAAUAAGAAGAUUAUUUUAGAGUAAAAGUGUAUUAUGAAAGCAUGGAAACAUUAUGUGAACAUUCAAAUUUCAAUCUUUUGUUUUUCGAAUUGGUAUUUUUCAAACACUCUUCCUGUACGGAUUCUCCCAAGAUUUUCAAUUCACACUCAGUCCUCUUUGCACACUGUCCUCAAUUUCAAAUGCCCCCCAUUUCUAAUUUACCCAUUCUUCCCAGCCCGCCACAAUAGCAAUUUUCAAAUCAACACAAUCGCCUUUGGGUUGGUCCCUCUUCAAUUUCCUCGCACCCCUUUUUCCCCAUCCAUUUUCCUCCACCGAAAUUUCCCCUCCCAUCUCCAAGUGGGCCCAUUCUUCCCCAGCCCACUACAAUGGCAAUUUCAAAUCACGAUAACCUUGGGGUUGGCCCCAAUAGGCCCCCUUUCCCCACCCAUUUUCCCCAUCACAAUUUCCCCUCCCAUUUCCAAUCCAAUUUACCCAUUCUUCCCUCAGCCCACCCCCACAAUGGCAAUUUCAAAUCACGAUCACCUUGGGGUUGGCCCAAAUUGGCCCCUUUCCCCACCCAUUUUCCCCCAUCGCAAUUUCCCCACUCUCUCCCAUUUCCAAUUUACCCAUUCUUUCCCACCCCACACCCAGAAUGGCAAUUUUCAAAUCAAAAUUGCGCGGGCCCAUUUUCAAUCGGCCUCUCUUUUCAAAUUGCCCAUCUUUCCCAUUAGCAGAAAAAAUCACUAAAAAUUGUGUAUUGUAUACUGGCGCUCAUCAUAUUUUG